AUGUCCCACUAUUCUUGGGCCACUUUGGGCCCUGCAGAGUGUGUGGCCACCUUAGAGCCAAGCCGUCAUCUCACGGUGGUUUAUGGCGGGGGCCUGAGGCCUGCAGGAGGAGGCCUGACUGAGGCCUGGAGUGGAGACUUCCGGAGGCCGUGUCUUUCCAGCCAUGACGGGCUGCUGGCCUCCUGCGGGAAGAAGUUCUGCAGCCGCGGAAGCAGGUGCAUGCUCAGCAGAGAGACAGGGGAGCCCGAAUGCCGGUGCCUGGAGGCAUGCAGGCCCAGCUACAUGCCCGUGUGUGGCUCCGAUGGGAGGUUUUAUGAAAACCACUGCGAGCUCCACCGUGCCGCUUGCCUGCUGGGGAAGAAGAUCGUCAUCGUCCACAGCAAGGACUGUUUCCUUAAAGCUGACCCGUGCACCAUGGCCGACUACGCCCGCCUGAAAAAUGUCCUUCUGGCACUCCAGACCCGCCUGCAGCCACUCCAGGACGGGGACAGCAGACAAGACCCUGCCUCCCAGAAGCGCCUCCUGGUGGAAUCUCUGUUUAAAGACUUGGAUGCAGAUGGUGACGGCCGCCUCAGCAACUCUGAACUGGCUCAGCACGUGCUGAAGGAGGAGGACUUCCUCGGGUGCUCGCCGGGCGACCUCCUCCGAUUUGAUGACUACAACAAUGAUGGCUACCUGACCCUGCAUGAGUUCUACACAGCCUUCCAGGUGGUUCAGCUCAGCCUCGCCCCCGAGGAGAGGGUCAGUGUAGCCACAGUGACCGUGGGGCUGAGCACGGUGCUGACCUGCGCUGUCCAUGGAGACCUGCGGCCACCCAUCGUCUGGAAGCGCAACGGGCUCGCCCUCAACUUCCUGGACUUGGAAGACAUCAACGACUUCGGAGAGGAUGACUCCCUCUACAUCACCAAGGUGACCACCAUCCACAUGGGCAAUUACACCUGCCAUGCCUCCGGCCAUGAAGAGCUGUUCCAGACCCACAUCCUGCAGGUGAAUGUGCCACCAGUCAUUCGCGUCUAUCCGGAGACCCAGGCACAGGAGCCUGGGGUGGCGGCCAGUCUGAGAUGCCAUGCAGAGGGCAUUCCUAUGCCCAGAAUCACUUGGCUGAAAAAUGGUGUGGAUAUCUCAACCCAGAUGUCAAAACAGCUCUCUCUUUUAGCCAAUGGGAGUGAACUCCACAUCAGUAGUGUUCGGUAUGAAGACACAGGGGCGUAUACCUGCAUUGCCAAAAAUGAAGUGGGUGUGGACGAAGAUAUCUCCUCACUCUUCAUUGAAGACUCGGCUAGAAAGACCCUUGCAAACAUCCUAUGGCGAGAGGAAGGCCUCAGUGUGGGAAACAUGUUCUACGUCUUCUCCGAUGAUGGCAUUGUCAUCCUGCACCCCGUGGACUGUGAGAUCCAGAGGCAUCUCAAACCCACUGAGAAAAUCUUCAUGAGCUACGAAGAUAUCUGUCCUCAAGGGGAAGGAGAUGCCACCCAGCCAUGCCAGUGGGCAUCGGCAGUGAAUGUCAGGCACCGGUACAUCUACGUGGCCCAGCCUGCCCUGAGCAGAGUCCUUGUGGUCGACGUUCAAGCCCAGAAAGUCCUACAGUCCAUAGGUGUGGACCCUCUGCCAGCUAAGCUGUCCUAUGACAAGUCGCAUGACCAAGUGUGGGUCCUGAGCUGGGGGGACGUGCACAAGUCCCAACCAAGCCUCCAGGUGAUCACAGAAGCCAGCACUGGCCAGGGCCAGCACCUUAUCCGCACACCUUUUGCAGGAGUGGAUGAUUUCUUCAUUCCCCCAACAAACCUCAUCAUCAACCACAUCAGGUUCGGCUUCAUCUUCAACAAGUCUGACCCUGUGGUUCACAAAGUCGACCUGGAAACACUGAUGCUCCUCAAGACCAUUGGCCUACAGAGCCACGGCUGCAUGCCACAGGCCAUGGCCCACACCCACCUGGGAGGCUACUUCUUCAUCCAGUGCCGACAGGACAGCUCCACUUCGGCCGCACGGCAGCUGCUGAUCGACAGUGUCACGGACUCCGUGAUUGGCCCCAAUCGUGAUGUAACCGGCACCCCACACACAUCCCCCGAUGGGCGCUUCGUAGUCAGUGCUGCUGCCACCAGCCCCAAGCUGCACGUGCAGGAGAUCACGCUGGGCGGGGAGAUCCAGACCCUCUAUGACCUGACCAUAAGCCAGGGCAUCUCUGACGUGGCCUUCCAGCGGUCCUUCACCCAAGGCAAUCAGUACUACAUCUACGCCACUCUGGAGACAGAGCCAGCCCUGCUGUUCCUGGAGCUGUCCACAGGGAAAAUGGGCGUGCUGAAGAACUUAAAGGAGCUGCCCACGGGGCCAGCCUGGCCCUGGGGAGGGCCCCGCAGGAUCGUGAGGGACAGUGGGCUGUUCGGACAGUACCUCCUCACGCCAGCCCAAGAGUCGCUGUUUCUCAUCAACGGGAGACAAAACGCACUGCGGUGUGAGGUGUCGGGCAUAAAGGGGGGGACCACAGUGGUAUGGGUGGGCGAGGUAUGAGGGAGCGCAGAGCAGAGCCCUGGGCCGAGGAGCACUGCCUAGUCCUGACACCACAGCCCCAAGCAGGCGCCCUGUACAUUUUUACAGACAAAAGCAAAAACCUAUAUUCGCUUUGUGGUUCAACACUGGUCUCCUUGCAAGUUUCCUAGUAUAAGGUAUGCGCUGCUAACAAGAUUGGGGUUUUUUUGUUAGGAAGUAUGAUUUAUGCCUUGAGCUAUGACGAGAACACAUGCUGCUGUGUAAAGGAAUCAUUUGUGUGCCCAGCUCCACACCGUGUUACCUGGGGACGCCAUGGAACCAAGAGCUCCUGCUUUCCAGGCUGACGCUUCUGUCGGUUGCCUUCGCGUAGUCAUUCUCCUUUACCGCCAGAUCCAGCCGGACUUCACCCUGAUGGAGUGGCCGGAAAUCGGGCCUGGAAACACAGGUUCACCAGGAGCAGGGCUUUCCCUCCCGGCAUGAAAGCCACAUCUGCCCUCGCUCUGGACCUUAUUUUCUCCUUCACAGCUGCUUCCUGCUUUUCUUUCCAUUUGACUUGUUGUAAGCCUGAGGGAGAGCCAACAAGACUUAUUGCAUCUUGGGGGAUGGGGAAAUCACUCACUUUAUUUUGGAAAUUUUGAUCGAAAAAUAAUUUUUUAUAAUCUCAAAUGCUAGUAAGCAGAAAGACACUCUCUGAGGUCCAGCUGUAUUCUUCCCUGCCUUAGGCCAAGUCUCUGCGAGUCACCACCCCACUUCCCACAGCCAGAAAGAAGAACAAUGGUCAUCAAAGAAUAAUGGUCUUCUACACCACUGACACCCCCAAGUGCAGAUCAGGCCACCACAUUGGUAAAGACUCCGGGGUUGGGACCCCAAGAGACCAGGAGAAACCCUGCGUGCCUGCUUUUCACCACUGAUGGGGAGCAUUUUAUUAGCCAAGCCCAGUACCCCAAAUUCAGGGCAGACUGGGCUUACCUGGCAAGGUGUGGGUGGCCUGCAGAACAGUGACCUCCAGGCUCAACACUGAAACCCCAAGUACACAAGUGGGGUCCAGGAGAGUUCCUUAGCCUAUUCCUUUCAAAAACCAGUCUCUUCUAUGCCUGUGUCCCUUGCCCUCGGCUCUGGCACCCCCAGUCCCUGCAUCAUUACGGUACAGACAGCACAGUUCAGUAAGUGUUUUCUUACCCAUGAGCCUCCUCUCCCCAGUAACACACACCCCAAAACUCAGAAUCAGAAGGAUGCAGGCUGGCGCUGCUGAGUUAUUCCCAAUUGUCUCAGGCUCCGAUAGGCUCUCGGGCUGGCAUCCAAGAAGUACAGCCCAACCAGCCCUGUGAAGACGGCCUGUGUUGGAGAACCUCAGCAAGGAAAAGGCUCCCUUGGAUUCUCAGAACACCCUUUC